GUUCUGUUCGGCCGGCGAAGAUCUGAAAUGGCUCUGUCUGACAGUAUCUUCCCACAGGAGCUGAAACAGUUGAAUGAGAGCUCUACUAAAGAGAGUAUGUGCUCUGUUGUCAAUGGUGCCGACACGCCAGCAAUCGCUCAACCCACGAAAGGACCGGUGGACUCAACUCAGGAGCCGAGUCGUCCGGAUGCCUGA